AUGGCCGCUCUCACCACCAUUUAUGACAUGCUACAUAGCUACACCUUCACCUGGGGUGUAUACGAACGCUUCCUCGACGACUGCGACCGCCACCCACAGACGGGCCUCGUCGGCCGCAACCCAGAGCUCGAAGCGCCCUAUGUUAGGGUCAUCGUCACUGUGCUGGAGGACUAUCGCUCCAUGUUCGUGACAUUCUCUCGGGGUCAGGCAGUCGAACAAGACGAGAUCUUUAGCUACUUCAGGGCGUAUGUUCCACCUCCACCAAUGGCCGCUCUAACCACCGUUCGUGAUGUGCUACACAGCUACACCUUCGCCUGGGGUCUAUACGAAUGCUUCCUCGACGACUGCGACCGCCACCCACAGGUGGCACAAAACGCCGUGGCUCUCCUACUCUGCUUUGAUCAGGGCACCAACUAG